CCUCACAGUUUCCGUUAGGGUUUUUUAAAUUUUAUUUUAUUCUCUCUCCGAAAGCUUUUGCAAUGGCUUUUUCUUCUCUCAUUAGAUCCGCCGCCGCCGCCGCCACCACCGUAUCCGUCUGCUCUCGCUCUGACAUCUCUCUCUCCACAUCCGAUCGUCUCAAGGUUUCAAGCAUUGAUUUUGGUGGGAACUUCAUCUCCUUUUUUGGCGCUGCAGUUUCAACUAUAUCUUCUUCCUUACAGAAAUGCAACUCAAAGAGUAUCAAACCCAUCAAAGCCACUGCUACUGAAAUUCCUCCUACAAUCCCAAGGUCACGGAGCAGUGGGAAGACAAAGAUCGGAAUCAAUGGUUUUGGUCGGAUUGGAAGGUUGGUUUUACGAAUAGCAACCUCAAGGGAUGAUAUUGAUGUGGUAGCAGUCAAUGAUCCUUUUAUCGAUGCUAAGUACAUGGCUUAUAUGUUCAAAUAUGAUUCAACACAUGGACCCUUCAAGGGAACCAUCGAAGUCGUGGAUGAGUCCACCUUGGAAAUCAAUGGCAAGCAAGUACAUGUUGUGAGCAAAAGGGACCCUGCAGAGAUCCCUUGGGGUGAUUAUGGCGCUGAGUUUGUUGUUGAGUCAUCUGGCGUUUUCACCACAUUAGCUAAGGCUUCAGCACACAUGAAGGGUGGUGCCAAGAAAGUAGUAAUAUCAGCCCCUUCAGCUGAUGCACCAAUGUUUGUGGUGGGAGUGAAUGAGAAGGCCUACGAGCCAAGCAUGGACAUAGUUUCUAAUGCUAGUUGCACUACCAAUUGUCUAGCUCCACUUGCGAAGGUUGUCCAUGAGGAAUUUGGUUUCAUUGAGGGUUUAAUGACUACUGUCCAUGCAACUACAGCGACUCAAAAGACCGUCGAUGGCCCUUCAAUGAAGGAUUGGCGAGGGGGUCGAGGAGCUGGCCAAAAUAUCAUCCCUAGUUCAACUGGUGCGGCAAAGGCUGUUGGAAAAGUUCUUCCUGAACUUAACGGAAAGCUUACCGGAAUGGCAUUCCGUGUUCCCACAUCCAAUGUUUCUGUUGUGGAUUUAACUUGUCGACUUCAGAAGAGUGCCUCCUAUGAAGACGUCAAAGCAGCCGUGAAGUAUGCUGCUGAGGGGCCACUCAAAGGCAUUCUUGGAUACACAGACGAGGAUGUUGUCUCUAACGAUUUUGUUGGUGAUUCAAGAUCAAGCAUUUUUGAUUCCAAAGCCGGAAUAGGGUUAAGUAAUUCUUUCAUGAAGCUUGUUUCGUGGUACGACAACGAAUGGGGAUACAGCAACCGAGUACUCGACUUAAUCGAGCACAUUGCACUGGUAGGAGCAAAUCGCAACUAAAUGUUCUAGAGGUAUGCUAUUACGACCGGGUGACACCCCAAUUUUAUUCAAGUUUGUUUCAGAGAGUAGGCAUAAAUUAGAUCGUACUUGGGACUUCCGAUGUGUUUUUCUUUUUGACUUGGAUUUGCAUAUCCACUGAAGAGUUGGGGGUAUCCAAUAACGCAAUUAUAAAAAUAAUGAAAAUUCAAGCUCUGUAUGGGUACAUUAAGACUGCUUUUUUCUAUGGACAAAAAGUAGGAGCAUUGUCUUGUGAGAAAAAAAAUUGUUGAACAAUAUCUAAUUUUUACAAGUCCAUGCAUAAUCUGGUUUUAUGUCAA